ACCUCAUAAAUAGAGAAUCAGAUUCUAGCUGUGUCCUCAUCUAAAUAAAUAGAGAAUUUUAUUAUUACUACCCAAGAAAAUUAGAGUGAGAAUUUCAUCAACUUCCCAAUCACGAUCACCGCCUCUCCGAUCAAAACUCGACAACCAACCUUGGAUUGAACUCCCUCAACGGCAAUAAGGGAUUGAAUAUUGCUGUUGGGUUUUAGAUUGAUGGCGAAUUCUUCAAAUGGAGAUCACCAGACAACCACGAAGCCACCUCCCACCCCAUCUCCGUUGCGCUUUUCUAAAUUUUUUCAGUCCAACAUGAGAAUAUUGGUUACUGGUGGAGCUGGAUUCAUUGGUUCUCACUUGGUUGACAGAUUAAUGGAAAAUGAAAAGAAUGAGGUGAUUGUUGCUGAUAAUUACUUCACCGGUUCAAAGGACAAUCUGAGAAAAUGGAUUGGUCAUCCGAGAUUUGAGCUUAUUCGUCAUGAUGUCACAGAGCCAUUGUUGGUGGAGGUCGAUCAGAUAUAUCAUCUUGCAUGUCCUGCUUCUCCCAUUUUUUAUAAGUAUAAUCCUGUAAAGACAAUAAAGACAAAUGUUAUCGGGACACUGAAUAUGUUGGGACUUGCCAAGCGAGUCGGAGCAAGGAUUUUGCUCACUUCAACCUCGGAGGUGUAUGGAGAUCCUCUCGUGCAUCCCCAACCUGAGACCUAUUGGGGUAAUGUUAACCCAAUUGGAGUCCGGAGUUGCUAUGAUGAGGGGAAGCGUGUAGCUGAGACAUUGAUGUUUGAUUAUCAUAGACAGCAUGGAAUAGAAAUACGCAUUGCGAGAAUUUUCAACACAUAUGGGCCCCGCAUGAAUAUAGAUGAUGGACGUGUUGUUAGCAACUUCAUAGCACAAGCAAUUCGUGAUGAACCAUUGACAGUUCAAGCUCCUGGAACGCAAACUCGCAGCUUUUGUUAUGUCUCAGAUAUGGUUGAUGGACUCAUUCGGCUUAUGGAAGGGGAAAAUACAGGGCCAAUCAACAUCGGAAACCCAGGUGAAUUUACCAUGAUUGAGCUUGCUGAGACUGUAAAAGAGCUCAUUAAUCCUAAAGUGGAGAUAAAGAUGGUGGAGAACACUCCUGACGAUCCACGCCAAAGGAAACCAGACAUCGCAAAGGCAAAGGAAUUGCUCGGAUGGGAGCCAAAAAUCAAGUUGCGCGACGGUCUUCCCCUCAUGGAGGAUGAUUUCCGCCAGAGGCUCGCUGUUCCGAAGAACUGAAUGGCAAUCUCAAGUACAUCUGGGUGGAGUUUUUCCGUUAAUUAUCAAUUUUACGUAUGGGGUAGGGUUUCUGCCUUGAGGCUUCACCAGUUUUUCUCUCCCCCCACAAUGUGUCUUUGAUGCUGGUUGCUACUUUCUAUAGGUUAUAUAGGUGAAAUAAAGCACAGUGAGUUGCUUCUUAUAGUUAUGUACUCCGAUAAACUCUGGAGCAUUCGACAUUCGGUACCCUUUAUCUGGACUUUUAUUCUUUGUUACUACAAAUAUAUUGCUUAUGCCUUUUUUCAUCA